GGAUUGCGAGAAAUUGGGAUUGUGAGUGAAACGCAACGUUGUGGAAGACGCUUCCAUCUAUGAUCGAGAAGUUUGUUUGCAAUCGUGUUUCAGGCUUUGGACGUGACUUCAUUAGUGAGCGAAGGUGAUCUGCAGUGAAGGUUGGAUGUCUGAGGAUCGUUUUGAAGUGGUGGUCCACCAUAGUGGGCAUUUUGUUAGUGAUGACAAGUUGCAGUAUGACAAUGGGGAAAAUGUAUUGUGGUUCUGUGAUCUUGAUACGUGGAACUAUUUCGAGAUUCUUCAUGGACUAAGAGAGUUGGGACAUGUUAAUUCGAAAGAGUUGUGGUACUCUGUUGGAGGUGAAUCAGUGUUGGAAGAUAGGUUGGUGUUGUUGGUUGAUGACAAGGGGGUUAUGCAUAUAGCCACCAUAUCUAUGAUAAAUGGUGUUGUUCAUCUUUAUAUGGUGCACAGGAUGACUGAACCUGAGGUUAUUAACAUGAUUGAAGGGGUUGUGGUUGAUAAUGAAGGGCUUUAAGAAGUGGAGGGUGAUGGUGAAAUUGAAAAGGAGUUGGAUGAUGGUGAAGUAAAUGGAGAAAAAGGGAUAGAUAACGAGUAUUUGCAGGAGGCUGAUGGUGAAAUUGAAAAAGAGUUGGAUAAUGGUGAAGUAAAUGGAGAAAAAGAGAUAGAUAACGAGGAUGUGCAGAAAGUUGAUGUUGAAGUUGAAGACAACUUACAUGAGGUGGAUGAGGUUGAGGUUUAUGAUGAAAUUAAACAUAAGUCAGAUGAGGAGGGUGAGGAUACAACGACUAAUGCUGUUGCUGAGAAGUUUUCUGAUGAAGGGCUAAUGGAUGUCAGUGUUGAAGGUGAUACAACAAAUGAGUCUUGGGAUGGUUACAUGGAAUGUGAAGUUGGAGGUAUUCCAGAAGACAUUGCAGGAGCAGGUUGUUCUAGUCAACAACAAUGUAGUAAUUCACAUGAGGAUGAGGUUGGAGGAGUACAAUCUGGUGACGAAUUUUCUGAUAUUGAGUGGCACUCAGAUGAUACUUACUACUACAGACAGUGAUGAGGAAGAGAAUGAUAAAGAAAGUUAUGGAAGCUUUCCAACCUUCUCAAUGCCAAAAAGUAUGGACCAAUACAAAUGGGAAGUAGGUACUUAUUUCACAGAGAAAAAAGAAUUUAUAGAAAUCAUUCGAACCUAUGCAUUGGCAAAUGGAAAGAAUUUAAUAUUUGACCGAAAUGACAAGAAUAAAGUUACUGUCAAAUGUGCUGGUGCCAAGGGAAAGUGCAAUUGGUAUGCUUAUUGUGCAUAUAUGUCUGCAAUGAAGUCUUGGCAACUUAGGAAAAUAAUUGAUGAGCAUAGUUGCAGUAGAGACUUUAAUGUCAAAUUAGUGAAUGCAAAAUGGUUAAGUAAGAAGAUGGAAAAGACUGUUAGAGAAAACCCACAUAUGAAGGUGAUGGAUUUUCGUGACAAGGUCUCUAGGAAGUGGAAUGUAUGUAUCUCUAGAAAUAUGGCUUUCAGAGCUAAAGUUAUUGCAAGAGAUGAUGUUGAUGGAUCAUUCACAGAGCAGUAUAGAAGAAUAUACAAUUAUGCACAUGAGCUAUUGAGAGGAAAUCCGAGUUCUAUAGUAAAGGUUAAAGUAAAAAACAUUGAUGGUGAAGUAAUAUUUAGUAGGUUUUAUGCAUGCCUGAAGGCAUGCAAAGAUAGUUUUGUCGCAUGUAGACCUAUCAUUGGAGUGGAUGGAUUCUUUUUGAAAGGCAAGUAUGGUGGAGAGUUAUUGACAACAGUUGGAAGAGAUGACAAUGAUCAAAGUUUACCAAUAGCAUUUGUAGUUGCAAAAGUUGAGAACAAGGACUCAUGGAGAUGGUUCUUGGAGCUUCUAAUAGAUAAUUUGGGUGGGGAUGCAGUCGGUGCAUCAUGCACCUUUAUAUCAGAUCAACAAAAGGGUCUACUACAAGCUAUCCAAGAACUUCUCCCUGGAGUGGAUAAGAGGUAUUGUGUCUGACAUCUGUAUGCAAAUUUCCGCAAGCAAUUCCCAGAAAAAAAUCUCAAGCGUCUCAUGUGGAUGGUUGCAUAUUCCACAUAUCCACAAGGUUGGGAGGAAGAAAUGCUGAAAAUUAAGGAGGUCAAUCAGGAUGCAUUCAAAUACUUAAUUGUGAUUCCCCCAAGGUUCUAGGCAAGAACUAGGUUCAUUAUAAGACCUCAAUGUGACACUAUGGUAAACAACAUGUGUGAGUCAUUCAAUAGUAUGCUACUUCAAACUCGGACCAAGCCCAUUAUAAGCAAGUUAGAUGAUAUUCAAGUGUACAUCAUGAAGAAAUGGGCCAGCAACAGAAAGAAAAUUGGAGCUUAUAAGGGCUUAAUCAUGCCAAAAAUUGCAGACAAACUUAAACACGAAUCAAAAUUAGUGAGGCACUGGUUACCAAGGUGGGCAGGAGAUAAGUUGUUUAAAGUCCGCCACACAUCAGCACUUGGAGAACAAUUUGUGGUUAACAUUGACAAAAAGGAGUGCACAUGCAGAAAAUGGAGUGUUAGUGGAAUUCCAUGCUGUCACGCACUAAGUGCAAUGAAGUUUUUGAAUAUCAAUGCAGAGGAUUUUAUUCCAGAUUGCUUUAAGAAGUCUACCUAUGAACAAACAUAUGCAUCAAUUGUUUACCCUAUCAAUGGUCACCAAGUGUGGAAAAUAACUUCUUAUCCAGAUGUCAUGCCUCCAAAGAAAAGAAUCUUGCUUGGAAGACCUAAGAAAAAGAGAAGAUUGUAGUCCUGGGAGUUAAAGAAAGAUAAUACUCAAAUGGAUAAGGGAGGGUUUCGUAAAAGGUGUACUGUAUGCAGGCAACUUGGACACAACAUGAAUUAUUGUCCUAUUCGACCACAACCAACUGAAUCACAAUCUAGCCCAGUAGUUGGUCCAUCACAAUCUGGCCCAGCAGGUGGUCCAACACAAUCUGGCCCAACUGGUGCUUCAUCACAACUAAGGAUGUCAACGGAGCAGGUAGGGUAUGGGUAGUAGCUCCCCCAUACCAUACUUGCUGGAUAAAAAUUCGCUUUGUACCCGUACCAUCUCCGUCGGGUAUCCAUUAUGCGGGUAUCCGUCUAUUUUUUUCAUAUCCGCGUGUAUCGACGGGUAUCCGUGGGUAUUUACAAAAGUAUUUUAAAAAA